AAAGUUGAAAGAAAUAUGUAAAAAUUUCUUGUCAAUUGUACAUAUAUUAUAGGAAGAAUAAUUUAUUUUCCUUUUUAUUACUUUCGGUUAAAUUCGAAAAAAGACGGAAUGUUUAUCAGGCGCGUUGGCGUUUUGUAAACAUAACCUCAAAAUGUAGUUUUCUGUGCGGUUUCUGUUUCUGUGUAAACAAAAAAAAACGAUUGAUUUUAAUUCGAGGUUUAUUAACUAAUUAUUAAUAUACUUAAUUAAUAAGGAAGGAACUGUAAAUAAUUUUUACAAUUAUGCCUGUUUUUCAAGAAUCAUGUGCUGAACAAAUACAAGCACAAACGGUAAUUAUAAUUCAUCCCGGAUCUUUGUAUCUUCGAAUAGGACGUGCGUCGGAUUUGAAUCCUUACACGCUUAUAAAUGCAAUUGCCAGGAGACGACUUCCUGGUGGUCUGGAGCACAAGGACACAUUUCUUCCUUCACUCGUGCCACGUACCAAGGAAUUGACUCAAGCAAUGGAGGAAUCAAGACUUCAGGUAUCGCACACUCUUCAAUCGUGUCUUCAGUCGGAUGGCAGAAGAAGAUACGCAACACCACCUCAACAAAUAGCGGCCUUCAAUCGUAGAUCGAAUCCUGAAGUAUUGUCACCCUCGUCCAGCGAAUGGAUAAAAACGGAUCAAGAAGUGGUUAUUGGUGACGAUAUUUUAUCGUUAAAUCCAGCGGCAGAUUUUAAUAUUCACUUUCCCUAUAGAAGAGGUGAACUCAAUGUUCACUCAGGUCCUGGUGGUAGUCUUCGUUCAGUUUUGGCUGAUUUGAAGGCAAUUUGGGAAUAUGUUUUAACGGAGAAAUUGGACAUUCCUCUCAGGGAUUUGAAACACUAUCGAGCCGUUCUUAUAAUACCCGAUAUUUACAAUAGACUCUAUUUGAAGGAAUUAACGACACUGGUUCUUUGUGAAAUUGGUUUCGGCGGCUGUUUUCUCCUACAGGAUCACGUGGCGGCGACAUUUGGUGCAGGUUUAGGUUACGCCUGUGUCGUCGAUGUCGGAGAUCAGAAAACAUCGGUUUCGUGUGUUGAAGACGGAAUUUCACAUAGAAAUACCCGCGUGCGAAUGGAUUACGGAGGUGGUGACAUUACGCAAACGUUUUUUUGGCUUCUUCAAAAAUGCGCUUUUCCUUAUAAAAGUUGUGAUCUAACGGAUAAGUUGGAUGCACUUUUGCUUAGUCAAUUAAAGAAGGAAUUUUGUCACGUCGACUUGAAUAUAUGCGGAUCGCAGGAGAAGACGUUCGUCGUUAAAAAACCGAGACAACAAACUGAUACUUACACCUUACAGGUGGGUGAUGAGUGUCUGGUAGCGCCUCUAAGUCUUUUUCAACCCGAAUUGUUUAAAGUGACAGGUAUUCACAACGUUCACGUGCAAAAACGUUCGGUCGGCGAUUCAGAAGAUCCACAUGAUGAAAAUUAUUUAAGAGAAACGAGCAGAAGAGGAAUCAAGGAAAGUCUGGAACAAACUUUAGAAUCUCAAGAAGAAACGGCAACACCUGCAGUUGUUGGUGAAGAAGAAGUUGUCGUCGAUACCGUUGACUCGGCACCAAUUGCCCUACAAAAUAGAGAAUUGGACGCGCCUCGAGAAUUCGUCACUGGUCCUCAACAACUUUUAGGACUCGAUCAUGCGGUUUUGCAGAGUAUUGACAGAUGUCCGACGGAAGAUUUAAAAAGAAAAAUGUACAGUUGCGUGUUGGUGGUCGGUUCAGGAAUGAAAUUCCAAGGAAUUGGAAUGUGGCUACACAAUAGAAUAUCUCUACAAAUUCCUUAUAUGUACAGAGCAGAGCAAUUGGAUAUAAUAACUCAACCAAAGGAAAUGGAUCCUGGAAUGACAGCUUGGAAGGGAGCGGCAAUUUUAAGUUGUUUGGAAUCAGCUCAAGAAUUAUGGAUAAGUCGACAAGAAUGGGAACGUUCAGGUGUGAGAUUAUUGAGGGAAAGAGCGCCCUUUAUGUGGUGAUAAUAAUUCAGUGCCAGAGCUAAUAAAUUUAUUCACGAAACAAAAGCGAAACUCCAAUUAUUAUUCAGUGUAUUUGGCCGAUGGACCACAAGGAACUUGAAUACAUUCCCAGAAAAGUAGGCGAAACUUGGUCGUGUUAUUGGAACACUUACAAACCUCACAGAUCACCGGAGACACCGCCUCAAACGAAUUGGGA